AUGGUAUUUCUUGACCUUACAAAGGAAAGGCUUCAAAAAUUGAGAGAGGAAGGAUGGAAAGCAUUCAUGGAUGAAGUCUCCUCAUUUUGUGCUAAACAUGAUAUUUUGGUGCCCGAGAUGGAAGAAUCCUAUAUUCCUGGAAAGUUGAAGCGUAGACUUUCUAGUGUUACUUAUUUACAUCACUUACAGGUUGAGCUUUUUUAUGCGGUAAUUGAUUUGCAGCUUCAAGAGCUUAACAAUCGUUUUGAUGUUGUGAGUGGCGACUUACUUCUUGGUAUGGCUAGCUUGAAUCCGGCUAAUUCAUUUGCUAAUUUUGAUAAGGAAAGAAUAAUGACAUUGGCGAAGCAUUAUCCAAAUGAGUUUAGUGGAUUGAAGCUUCGAGAUCUCAAUUAUCAACUUGACACUUUCAUAAUGCACAUGCGACGUGGUGACUCUAGGUUCUCUGAUUUAAAAGGAAUUAGUGAUUUGACAAAAGCGAUGGUUGAUGCAAAUCUUGUGGAGACUUAUUCACUUGUUUAUUUACUUAUGAAGUUGACUCUGAUUUUUCCUGUCGCGACUACAACUGUUGAAAGAGUAUUCUCAUCCAUGAAGUACAUCAAAGAUGAAUUACGUAGUACUAUUAGUGAUGAGUUUUUAAAUAAUUGUUUAGUUUGUUACUUUGAGAAGAAAGUAUUUGCAACUGUAAGCAAUGAUGCUAUUAUUGAAAUGAAAACGCGUCGAGUUCAAGUAUGA